ACUGUCACUAUUGGAGAUGUGUCUUUUAAGCUCAAAACACCGAAGAACCCAGAACUUGUUCCACAAAACUACAUGAUAGAUUCUUUGGCCCAGGCUGUAGUCCACCAUUUAAGAUGGAUAAUGCAGAAGGACCUUCUUGGCCAAGAUGUCUUUCUUAUUGGUCCUCCUGGGCCUCUCCGGCGCUCUAUUGCCAUGCAGUAUCUGGAGCUAACAAAGCGGGAGGUUGAAUAUAUUGCGCUGUCAAGGGACACCACAGAAACUGACCUCAAACAGCGACGAGAGAUCCGAGAUGGGAGUGCUUUUUAUCUUGAUCAGUGUGCAGUUCGUGCAGCUACCGAAGGCAGGAUUCUUGUGCUGGAAGGUUUGGAGAAGGCUGAGCGGAAUGUCCUGCCAGUGUUAAACAAUUUGCUGGAGAACAGGGAAAUGCAACUUGAAGAUGGUCGUUUUCUCAUGUCUGCAGAGCGUUAUGACAAACUUCUUCAGGAUCAUACAAAAUCAGAGUUAGAUGCAUGGAAGAUUGUUCGGGUCAGUGAAGAUUUCCGAGUGAUAGCGUUGGGCCUGCCAGUACCGAAAUACUCUGGUAACCCCCUGGAUCCACCUCUUCGCUCUCGAUUUCAAGCCAGAGAUGUUUAUCAUCUGCCCUUUAAGGACCAUCUUCAGCUAUUAUAUUCAAUUGGACCAAACAUUUCCACAGAGAGAAUUUCUCAGCUCCUGUCUUUUGCUACAACUCUGUGUUCUCAAGAAUCUUCUACAUUGGGACUUCCAGAUUUUCCUUUAGACAGCUUAUCGGCUGCAGUUCGGAUUUUGGAUUCCUUUCCUAUGAUGUCAGUCCAGCAUGUUAUUGACCGGCUUUACCCCUACAAUGUUUUCCUUGGAAAGGAAGGCAAAACUGCAGUCAAAGAUGCCUUAAAACGUUUUGAGCUUCAAGAUUCAGAGAGAAGCAUGCUUCCCAAGAAGAUUACAAAAGUAGAAAGUGUAAAUGGAAACAAACCCUUCCAGGCUGAUGUAACUGUCCAGAUUGGUGAAAAAGAAGUGACAUUUCAGGUUCCAGCUGGGACUGGGCUGUUAAAAAGGUGUCCUCAAUCAGAUACUUUCAUAAGGACUUCCAGCCAUAAUCAACUGUUGGCAGAAAUGAUGCAAUCCCAUAUGGUUAAAGACAUGUGUUUAAUUGGAGGAAAAGGCUGUGGCAAAACAGUUAUUGCUAAAGAGUUUGCUGAUACACUGGGAUACAGCAUAGAACCUAUAAUGCUCUACCAGGAUAUGACAGCUAGAGAUUUGCUGCAGCAGAGGUAUACUCUUCCUAAUGGAGACACUGCUUGGAGACCAUCGCCACUUGUUACUGCUGCCCUGGAAGGAAAGCUUGUUAUUCUUGAUGGCAUUCAUCGAAUUAACCCUGGCACUCUAGCUGUACUUCAAAGACUAAUACAUGACAGAGAACUGACUCUCUAUGAUGGCACCAGAUUGUUAAGAGAAGAUAGAUACCAAAACUUAAAAGAAGAAUUACAGAUCUCUGAUGAGAAACUACAGGAAAGGUCUAUCUUUCCUAUCCACCCUUCUUUCAGAAUAGUGGUCUUAGCAGAACCCCCUGUCAUUGGAAGUAGUACCCAACAAUGGCUUGGUCCGGAGUUUCUGACUCUGUUUCUUUUUCAUAACGUUCGACCUUUAAGCAAAAAUGAAGAAAUGCAAGUUAUUAAAGAAAUGGUUCCAAAUGUACCCAGUGUUGCUGUGAAGCAGUUGUUGUCCUUAACACACAAGCUUCGGGAGACAAAUGAUUCCACAGCACAGUCACUGGCUUCAUCUUUAUCUACUCGACAAUUACUGAGAAUUUGUCGUCGACUGUCACAACAUCCAGAUGAAAACCUUUACUAUGCUGUUAAUAAAGCCUGCCUUUCCAGGUUUUUACCAACCCUUGCCAGAUCAGCUUUACAUAAAAAUCUUCAGGAUUCUAGUAUUGAGAUAAGUCCAGAUGACACGAAGAAUCUAGAAGAAAAGGAUUAUGCAUGUGAAAUAAAAGAUGGAAUUCUGAAGAUAGGGUCUGUGACGAUGCCAAUUUAUAACUCAGCUGAGAAAAUGAAAGUGCCUGAUGUUUUGUUUUAUGAAAAUGCACAACACAUGAUGGUAAUGGAAGAUAUGCUAAAGGACUUUCUGCUGGGAGAACAUCUUCUUUUAGUUGGCAAUCAGGGUGUUGGGAAAAACAAGAUUGUUGACAGAUUCCUUCACCUUUUAAACAGACCCAGAGAGUAUAUACAGCUGCACAGGGAUACCACUGUACAAAGCCUUACCCUACAACCUUCUGUUAAAGAUGGUCUUAUUAUAUACGAAGAUUCACCCCUGGUAAAAGCAGUGAAGUUCGGACAUAUUUUGGUAGUUGAUGAGGCAGACAAAGCACCAACUAAUGUUACCUGUAUCUUAAAAACUUUAGUAGAAAGUGGAGAAAUGGUUUUGUCAGAUGGAAGGCGAAUUGUUGCCAAUCAUGCUCAUAUAGAUGGGAGAGAAAAUGUAAUAGUUGUUCAUCCUGACUUUCGAAUGAUAGUUCUAGCAAAUAGACCUGGAUUUCCUUUCUUGGGUAAUGACUUUUUUGGCACAUUAGGGGACAUUUUUAGUUGCCAUGCUGUUGAUAAUCCCAAACCACAAUCUGAACUGGCUAUGCUUAGACAAUAUGGUCCUGAUGUUCCAGAGCCAGUUCUUCAGAAACUGGUGGCUGCUUUUGGAGAACUCAGGAGCUUAGCUGACCAAGGAAUUAUUAACUAUCCCUAUUCAACUAGAGAAGUUGUUAAUAUUGUAAAACAUUUACAGAAAUUUCCAUCUGAAGGACUGGCAAGUGUUGUUCGAAAUGUAUUUGACUUUGAUUCCUACAACAACGAAAUGCGUGAAAUUUUAGUCAACACUUUGCACAAAUAUGGGAUACCCAUUGGAGCAAAACCGACCAAUGUACAACUGGCCAAGGAGUAAGAAAAACAUAAAAUAUAUAUUAAGAAGACAAAUCUCUCAUAAUCACUUUUUAAUAUUGUGUUACCUUGCUGCUAACUGGUUUAAAAUCAACCUGGAAUACUUGAAAUCAAUUCUGCUGUGGUUCAAAUGCAGAUUCCGCCUAAUAAGUGACAACAAUAUAUAUUACUUUAUGAUAGAGUAUUUGCUUAUUUCUAGUAUUAAAUCUUCAAUGUCCAUGUAAAUAUUGAUAGAUUGUAUGAUAAACAGAUAUAUAUUAAUAAAGGGAAAUACUUGUUUCU